ACAAGCACUCUGUCCCGCGGGCUCCUGGUGGCAUAGCUCCCAGCCCUCACACAGAAGCAUCUGUGCCAGAAGCAGAGGGGAAGAAAGACACAGGCCCAGAGGCCCUGCCCUUUCUUGGGGGAAGGCUCAGGUCCCUGCCUGCCUCAGCAAGGUCACAAUGAACAGGCGAACCUUGUUUAGGCACCUGUUCCUGGUGCUGCAACUAGCGGUGCUCCCAGCCAUCACUCAGGGAAAAGAAUUGGUGCUGGCCAAGGCAGGGGACAUCGUGGAGCUGCCCUGCAAAGCUUCCCUAAAGAAGAUCAUGCCCUUCCACUGGAAACACCCUUCCCAGGUCAAGAUUCUGGGAAGUCAGGGCUCCUUCUGGGUUACAGGUCCCUCCAAGCUGAAAACUCGAGUUGACACAAAAAAAAUCCUGUGGGACCAGGGAUCAUUUCCUCUGCUCAUCAGGGACCUUGAAAUAACAGACUCAGGGACUUACAUCUGUGAAGUGGAAGACAGGAAGAUCGAGGUGGAAUUGCUGGUGUUCAGAUUGACCGCCAGCCCGAACACCGGCAGCAACAUCCGCCUGCUGGCAGGGCAGAGCCUGACCCUGACCCUGGAGACCCCGUCUGGUAGUGACCCUUCAGUGCGAUGGAAAGGUCCAUGGAAUAAAAGCAAAACGGGGAUCAAGAGCCUCUCACUGUCCCAGCUGGGGCUGCAGGAGAGUGGCACCUGGACGUGCACCGUCUCCCAGAACCAGAAGACACUGGUGUUCAAAGUAAACAUCUUGGUGCUGGCAUUUUGGAAGCAUUCUACUGCGGUCUAUACAAAAGAGGGGGAGCCGGCAGCCUUCUCCUUCCCACUUACCUUCGAAGAUGAGAGCCUGAGAGGGGAACUGAGGUGGCAGGCGGUGGGGGCUUCCACCCCUCAGUCCUGGGUCACCUUCUCCUUGGAGAACAAGAAGGUGUCUGUGAAAAAGGUUCGCCCAGACCUCAAGCUCCAGAUCGGGGAGGCGCUCCCGCUCCGUCUCACUCUGCCCCAGGCUUCACAUCACCAUGCUGGUUCUGGAAACCUGACCCUGGUUCUCUCCGAGGGCCAGUUGCACCAGGAAGUGAACCUCGUGGUGAUGAGAGUGACUAAGUCCCAGGACAUUUUGGCCUGUGAGGUGCUGGGACCCACCUCCCCUGAGCUGACGCUUAGCUUGAGCCUGGAGAACCAGACUGCCAAUGUAACCAAUCAGCAGAAGCUGCUGCAGGUGUCCAACCCCGAGGUGGGGGCAUGGCAGUGCGUACUGAGUGACAAGGACAAAGUCCUGCUGAAAUCCCAGGUCGAGGUUUCAUCCACAGCGCUCACCAGGGUCUCACUGAAGCUCCUGGCUACGGUGCUGGGUGGAAUCACAGGCCUGCUUUUCACUGGGUUCUUCAUCUUCUGCUGUGUUAAGUGCUGGCACCGCAGGCGCCAGGCAGAGCGGGUGUCUCAGAUCAAGAGACUCCUCAGUGAGAAGAAGACCUGCCAGUGUCCCCACCGCUUCCAGAAAACAUGUAGUCUCAUUUGAGGCACCGGGCAGGGAGCUUUCCACUUGCAGCCUCCCCAGCUGUCUUCCCUGCAGUUUCGUGUUGGGCUCCUGGGCGUGCGGACCAGAUGAAUGUAGCAGAUCCCAGCGCCUCCGGUCAUCUCCUGCUUUCCUGUCCACAGCUGGCUGUUGGUCCUCCUCUUCCAGAGGCUCACUCAUACCACUUCCUCCCCAUUUCUUUUUCACCCAAGCCCCAGCCCUUCUUUAUUUCUUCUCAGCUUUUCCCCUUGCUGUCCUCUUGGCCCCAGGGGAGCCACAGGACCAGCCCCGCUUGGCCUGGGGGGUGAAGCUGGGUGUCUGAAGUACGGGACUGCCAUUGUACGGGAGAGGAACUGGAGCCAGAGAGGGCAGGGACUACCCCAAGAUCACACAGCCAGUCAAGGACAGAUCCAGACCCAAAGCCUCCUGACUGCCAGUCCCCAGUGCUCCAUUCUACCUGCUUCUCCUCCUGUUGGCAGGGCUGCAGGCUCACAUCCUGACCUGUGCACACAGGCACCCCUGGACACACGCCCACAUACACAGCCCACACUUGUGCAGACAGUUCCUUAUCACUCCAGCAGCAUGCCUCAAUUUAUAAACCAGUUUCACAUCCUUUGUCUAUUUUUUUGAACCUUAUGAAAAUCCUACAAGGCUGGUAGUAACAGGACCAAAAUUAGAAUCUCCACUUUAUAGACCAGAAAUGGAACUCAGGGAGGUCGGAUGAUUCCCAAAGCCAUGCAGCUAGUAAAUGCUGGAGUCAGGACUAGCCCAGGUCUCUUGACCCUUAGUUCCACUGUUGUUUCUGGAACACGGGGACAAUGUCACACAGUCCUCUGUGGCUGGUUAGUCAUAAAUGCCCACUACAUACCUCUGGAUUCAUAGAAGCACACCACCACAGGGAAGGCCUGCCUCAAAGAGCUCAGGAACAUGAAGGGAGGCCUCCCUACCUGAAAUCUUUCCUUCACCACCUGCUGGCAGCAGAAUCCUGUUACCAGAGGACAGAGCCUUCAGUUCCCCUAAUCAGAGCACAGGACCUGCGGGAGAGAGUGCCCAGGGACCAGCCACUCACCUUGUUGCAGAACCUUCUGGAAGGUGAGCUUUGCCAGGGGUGAACCCUCUGAGGGGACCUCCUGUGAAAGGUGAUAGCCCUGGGCUUCAGUGUCCCUGCCCUGCCCCCUCCUUCAUCCCGCACAAACCAUUCAGGAACAGGAAGCUGGGGUUACAGUAGUCUUUUGCGUCUGGAUCGACUUCUCUCAGAUCCCCAGCCUCCUCUGCCUCUUCUUCCUGUGCUUUCUCACCACCUUCUUCAGUCCCUACCCCCUUUCCCUUUUCCUUUCCAGG